AUAUUGGAUCCGCCAUCUUGUUAAAUAUUUUUUGGCGGAAAAAAAAAAAUUUGUUUUCUUAAAAAUUUAUCCUCAACAAUUGAUUUUAAUUAUUAAAUAAAUAUCUAAAAUACCUAUAUUUUUUAAUAAUUAAUAAUAAUUGCAUUUUUAUUUAUUUGUUAAAAAAAACUCUUUUGAUAAUUAUUUGUACACACUGCAAUACCGACACUCUAAAUAAAAAAAAAAUAAUAAUAACAAGUCAAUGUUUACAAAUGUCAAAUAUAUAUUUUGACAGAUAAAAUGAAUAUUGAAGAUAUUAAAUUAAUUUAUUAAAAAUUAUAAAUAAUACUUUAACUGUUUUUUUAUAUUUUAAAAUGUCAAAGAAUGAUAUUCAAAAAGAUGAUGAGGAUUACUGGAAUAGUAGUGAAAAACAUGCUUUCAGUUUUGAUCAAAACAACGAGGUAGAAAAUGUAUUUGGAAUAUCGAAAAGUGGAACAGCUCAAUUACGAGCAGGAAUUUCGAAUAUUGAAGUGUCCAAUACAUAUUUUAAGCAUGACACUGGAUCUUUAAAUGUCAAACCAUUGUUGUCAAUAAUCAAUGAGCCAACAUUAAUUGCAAUUUUAAAUGCUGAUAAAAUUUAUUUAUCUGAUGAAAAACCAACAACAGAUCCAGUGAUAACUCUUAGAAGAAUAUUACUUGGUCAGCCAUUUACUCUAGAAUAUUAUAAAUCACUUGGAAAUAAAACAGCAUUACUUGAUGCAGCAAUUGCAAGUGGUAAUGGAAAUGCCAUAUUAAUUAUUAUUAUUUUUAUAACUAAAACAUUAAAACCAGCAUUGGUACAACGUCUGUUGAUGGAUAAACCAGGUGCUAUUGAUGUUUACACACAUUAUCUUGCAACAAGAUUAUUAACAAAUGAUAUCACUGAUUUACUAACAAUGCAAGGACGAUCUCUUGAUGCUGCUAUGACAAAUUUUAAUAUAAUUGUUAAAAAUACAAAGGAUGAAGUUAGACUACUUCAAAAAUUAUCAAAAUGUUUUAAAACACAAUUUAUGAAUUUACAAAAUUGCAGAGAGACACAAUUUGUUCAUAAUUAUAUUAAAUUAUUAGAGUGGAAAACUGCUGUUAAAAAUAAAAAAUUUGAUGAAGAUUUUCAGUAUGAUUCAUCAGUUUUAGAUUGUCUACGUUAUUCAUGCAAGGAACACUGGAGCUCGUCUGAUGAUUCAAUUGUUUCACCAUUUUAUUUAUUACACCAGCAUGAAAUAACACCAAGACAAUAUCAAAAAAUAGCAUUACAAUCAAGAAUAUCAGCUCAAGCCUGGGGUGAUAUUGACAUUCUUCUUCUCUCAAAGGGCUGGCUUGGAAGUCAAAAGUUACAAACAAAUUUACCAAUUGAAGAUGUCUUAAAGAUUUUACACAAUGGACAAGCACCAAGUGCUGUUCUUGAUAAAUUUUUAAAAUAUGUUGAUAAUACUGACAGACGUUUGCAACUAGCCAGGGCUUUGUCUUGUUCAAAAGUUAUAAUUGAGAUAUUGGCAUCACAAGGUGAUCGUGCAUCUCUGCUGGAAUACAAAGACACACUAGUCCCCAAUUCUGAAUCUUAUUUUCUGGCUGAAAAAACAUUAUCAUCAUCAACAAUUAGAUGGAAAUCCUGAAAUAUAAUUAAUCAAGGAAAUUUCAAAUUAUAAAUAAUAAAAAAAAGAAGAAAAAAAAAUAUAUAUUUAUUAAUUUUUUUAAGAAAAAAAUUAUUAUUUUAUUAAUGAUCAAAAGAUUACUAAAAAAAUAUUGUCAAAAAAAAAAAAAAAAAAAA